GAUACCAGUACAGGCUUUCAACAUGGAUCUGAAGAUGUCAUUUAUAUACUUGUUUUCUUUGAUGGUAAUAAUUAGUUGGACAGGAACUUUAUCACAAAAAUUGCCCCUUGCACCACAAGAGGUUGUUGUAAGUAGAAGCAGUUGGAAGACCAUCCGAAUCACAUGGAAUGAACCAAAAGUCCCUGUUUCUGGCUAUAGGAUCUUUUAUAGCGCGUUUGACAUAGCAAAUUUGGACAGAUGGCAGUCUAUUGACAUUGGUCCUCACAGAGUUGCAGAAAUUACAGGUUUGGAAAAAAUGGCAUAUGCCAUCAGAGUGGCAGCAAAAUCAAAAGAUGGAAGUUUUGGGAAUGCUUCUGCUGCUGUUCUGGCAAGUGAACCAACAUUGCCCCCUGAACCACAAGAGGUUGUUGUUAGUAGAAGCAGUUGGAAGACCAUCCGGAUCACAUGGAAUGAACCAAAAGUCCCUGUUUCUGGCUAUCGGAUCUUUUACAGCCUGUUUGACUUCGAAAAUUUAGACAGUUGGCAGUCUAUUGACAUUGGUCCUCACAGAGUUGCAGAAAUUACAGGAUUGGAGAAACAGUCAUAUGCCAUCAGAGUGGCAGCAAAAUCUUUAGAUGGAAGGUUAGGAAAUGCUUCUGCUGCUGUUCUGGCAAGUGAACCUACAUAUUCAUCACCUAGUUGGAAACCAAAAUCCAGACCAGCACAGCGUCAUUCCAAUGUAACCAAGAAUGAAGGAAACGACGUUAAAUUAACUUGUGGUGUGAAUGGCAACCCUAAACCAUCCAUUAUAUGGUAUAGAGAUGGAAGAAUGUUUGAUGAUCAAAAAAGAUCAAAGACAACGAUGCGCAAGUACUCCCUGAUAAUUAAAGAUGCCCAGGUUGAUGAUGAGGGAGAUUACAAAUGUAUAGUAAAAAAUGAAUAUGGCAGUCUAAAUUUUACAUUCUAUGUAACAGUCGAAAAGCUGACAUGGCCUUUAGAAGUAGAAGAGCCUCAAAAUCUGACUGUAAAUGAGGGUGAUGAUGCUAUAUUUAUUUGCCGACCUUUGAAUGAUCCUGAGGCCACAAUAAAAUGGGUGAAAAGGGAUCCAAUAAAUUUAAAUAGAGGUACUGGUAAAACAUCAGAUAUUUUAGAAAACAAAGAGAUGUUAGUUCUACGCAGUGUAACCAUGAGGGAUGCUGGACAUUAUAGUUGUGUUGUUGGUAAUUAUUUUGGUUUGAGACAAGUGGAUGUAUGGUUGAAAGUCAAACCAACACCUACAUCGACUACCACUACAACAAAUCCUAGAAAAGAAGAAGAGAAUGAUAUAAAGUGUAGUACACCUUCUUGUUUGGUACAACAAAAAGACUUGAAAGAUACUGUAACCAACAUUGUUAAACAAUUAUUAUCAACUUUCGAAAAGAAUUUGUCAGAAAAAGUUGAAGCAAAAGUAAGGGAGACAACUAAAAAGAUAAAAGAUCAGGUAGAUUCUCUGAUGAUAGACAAUGAAAACCUAAGAGAACGUAUGAAGGCAAAAGAUAAAACAAUUGAGACUUUGGAGGAACAAGUAAGUGAUAACAUCAACAGAGUUAUUGAAGCUAUAAAACUAGGAAAUUAUAAUGAACAGUAUAGUAUAAAGCGUAAUAUCAGAAUACUAAAUUACCCAGAAUGCCCUAAUGAAGUAUUGAGAGAUGAGUUUGUCAAUAUGGUAAACAAAGAGUUAAAGAUAGAUGUGAAACCUGACGAUGUACAGGAAAUACACAGAAUUCCAGGGAAAGAGGGACACACAAAACCAGUCAUCGUUAAAGUGCGCAAUACUGACCUGAAGAUCAAAAUUAUGAGACAAAAAGGAGGACUGAAAAAUGGCAUCAGGUUCCAUGAUGAUAUCACACAGCGUUAUAUGGAUCUUAUGGGAAGAUUAGAAAAUAGUGAACAAUUUGAAAAUGUCUGGUUUUUUAAUUGCAAUGUCUAUGCCAAGCAACAGAAUGGAAGUACAAUAAUAUUUGACUUGUUUGACGAUAUUGAACAAAAACUGAAAACAAAAACAAAAUAGGCAAUUAGACAUUCAUUUCAUGAUUGAUCUAAUAGUCCAAUGUUUCAUCACUGUGAAAAAACAUGAUGAAACCAAGCUGGGCUGUACAUGAUUAUUAAUG